UGUGAUAAAAUAACGCCGUUCACCGAAUUCACAACCUGGCCAAGAAUAAAAAUAAUUAUAAAACAAAUAACAUAAAAACCCAAAAAAGUAAAGAAUAUGAACGUUGAAACUACUAGUUCUAUAAAUACGUUUGAUCCUAAGGAUCCACAUGGAUUAGGUGACCCCAAUGACAAGUCUCUGCGCAAGGUGGAAGUGGAGAUUCUUAUACCCAAGAUUAUGAGAGAUCGGGCAAAGGAAAUACAUUGCACCAAAGAAGUAGCAGAUUUUCAAGCAUGUUGUAAAGACAGUGGAGUACUGAUGGUCGUAUCCUGUCGUAAGGAGAACUCACAUUUAAAGGAAUGUCUCAGCAAGUGGUAUAAAAAUGAGGCUUUUAAAGAAGAAUGCAAACAAAUUUAUCUUAAAGAAAGGUCGGAAUUUCGCAGCACCGGUAUUCCGAAAAAGCACAGAGUGGAAAAGGUUUAGUUUUUUAAACAUUGAAGCAUUUAUUAUAUUUUUCGUUGGGUUUGUACAUAAGAUGUGUAAUUAAAGCGCUUUAUAAUAGUUUCUGUUACAUUCAA